UUUUUUUUUAACAACAACAACAACCUGUAUUACGUAACCUCUCGAAUCGUCGUCCGCAGUAUUAUCACCAGCAUCAUUCUUCCAUUACAAUGUCUUUGACGUCAAAUCAAACUUUGGAUCCUGAACAAAAGUUAUUGAUGGAACAGUUUUUAGCCAAACCUAUCAACUGCAAACUGUUUGUCCAAAAGAUCAAUAUCAUCAACAAUCAAACAGAAUCAGAAUAUCGAAAUGCAGAAAUAUUACAGGAACGCACCACUCCUUCUCGCGGCUUAGAGUUCUAUGUGCAUUAUGUGGAAUUCAAUAAACGAUUGGAUGAAUGGGUAUCUGUCACCAGACUGGACUUCACUCGACCCAUCACCUUCCCAACCAUCAAAAAGAAAACAACUGGCAACAAAAAAGGAAGAAAUUUGAAGGAAACAACUCCAACCUCACAGCAACAAGCCUCAAGCUCGUCUCCAUCCUUACUGGAUUCUAGUCAACCAAGCACACCUAUCACCAAUAUUGCAACCAUGAGCCAAAAACGGAAAUGGGAUGAACAAGAAACUACUGAUGAUACAAAGGAUGCAGAUCAGGAUGGAGACAACGAAGCACCAACUACAGUUGUACUUGCGGAAGAUGAUGAUGAUGAUGAUGAUGGAUCAACAACAAAUAGAACUGUGAAACGAGAACAUGAUGAUGGGUCUACACCUCCAAGAACUUUUUCAAAAAAAACAGAAAUCGAACAACUACGAACGUCUGGGUCUAUGACACAAUGUGUAUCGGAAGUGGCAAGAGUGAAGAAUUUCAAUUCAAUUCAAAUGGGCAAACAUGAAGUGGAAACUUGGUAUUUUUCACCUUAUCCUGUGGAAUAUGCUUAUUGUGAUACAUUGUAUAUUUGUGAAUUCUGUUUAUCGUAUUAUGCAUCACGACGACAAUUGGAACGACAUCGAUUACAUUGUCAGUUACAUCAUCCUCCAGGCAACGAAAUCUAUCGACACAAUGACAUCUCAUUUUUCGAAAUUGAUGGACGCAAACAACGAACAUGGUGCCGAAACCUCUGUUUACUUUCCAAACUGUUUCUAGAUCACAAGACUCUUUAUUACGAUGUUGAUCCUUUUUUAUUUUAUUGCAUGACAGAAAGGGAUGCUUAUGGAUAUCAUUUGAUUGGUUAUUUUUCCAAGGAAAAGGAAUCUUCUGAAAAUUACAAUGUGGCAUGUAUUCUGACAUUACCUCAAUACCAACGCAUGGGUUAUGGCAAGUUAUUGAUCGCAUUUUCUUAUGAACUGUCCAAGGUUGAAGGCCGUACUGGUUCACCAGAAAAACCAUUAUCGGAUUUGGGUCUAUUGUCUUAUCGUGCUUAUUGGACAGAAACGAUUGUGGCAUUUUUACUUUCAGCAACGGAUGAUAUUACGAUUGAAGAUAUAUCACAUCGAACAUCCAUUACAACUCAAGAUAUCCUUCAUACUCUACAAAACAUUGGUGCUCUUCGAUAUUAUCGUGGUCAACAUAUUAUAUGUCUUGGUGAAAAAGUGGUGGAACAAUAUGAAAGGAAUCAACAAAAGACAACAAGGAGGACCAUCUUGGGUGAAAAACUGGAAUGGAAACCAAUGCAUUUCUCAUCUUCUCAACUGCGGUACUUAUAAUACUUUAUUUUUUUUUUUAUUUUUAUUUUUAUUU